AUGAGUGAAUCUACAUCUAGUAUUAGUGCUUCUAGCAAUAAAACUCUCAUGACUGCAAGUGCUGCAGUACUAGGAUUGAUUGGGGCAUCAACCCUUGCAUAUUCUCUGGUUCAAUCAAGGAGCCAAAAGCGCAAAGCUCAAGAAAUUUUCUUAUCCAAAAGAGCAGCAAAAAAGAACUCUGUUAACGUUGAUGAUGACAUAGCUCCUCUCCUCAAGAAGUAACCUCGCAGAGUUACCCUAUACUUCGACGAAAACGAUGAAAUGGUCGAUGAGAAAACAGCCCAGAAUGAUCCAUACAACUACUAUCACAAAUAUCACGCAGUCCAAGUUGACUUUGGUGGUGAUGAGGGAUUUGAAUUGGCCUCUCACAAAAUCACCAAAGAUAUAUUUUGGGGUGAAAAAUGUACUGAUAAUGCCUAAAUUUUUAUUGAAAACCUUCAAAAAAGUAAAGCAAAACAUUAAAAGCAAAUGUUCGAGCAAGAGCUCUUCAACCAAUCCUUAUCAGAAUCUGAUGACUUGAACAUCAAAGGUAUCAAUGACCUUAAGGAUUCCAACCCGGGAGACGCUUCAGUUAUCAUGGAUAUUAAUCCCAAUAAAUUUGAAAAACCAAAGGACAACCUCUUCUUUGAUUUCUUUUCACUUUACGCUAAAAAAUUUAUUGAUCAAAAAUAGUCUAAAGCUCAGAAACAAAACUCUAGCAAUGCUAUCGCCAACUGA